UGCUGCUGCUGGUGUGGGGCAGCACCGCUUUUUCUAUCUUGAUCUGAACUACUAACCAAGUCUUAGAGAGAUCAAAAUUCAAUCCCGUUCUGAGAAAAAAGAGAAAUGACGUUAUUUGAAUAUGUGCCCAAAAUCCUUAAUGAAUAACUUAGGACGAGUAGGAGGCAAAUGCUGCCCCAGCUGUUUCCUGUUGAAAAUGUCUGUGUAAUGUAGAUAAAUGUGAGGGAUUUUCUCUCUAAAUCCGUCUCCUGUUCGCUAAAUCUCACUUCUCCAAAACGAGCCUGCGCAAUGGAACAAAGUCGGAAUAUUGAGAUGUGACAUUGCCCGCAUCUCAUCCUCUUUCUCCCCGUUUUUAAUGACUUCAAACAAGUUCAUUUUCGCCGGGCUUUGUCUUGCGGAGACCCGUGGGGAUGUCUAGCGCUCUUUCCUUUCAGUGGCAUUUAUGUGAUGUCUUCAAGAGUGCGAUGUGCUGUAUCUCCUGUGGCCACACCCUCUCACUACUGCUGUGCGUCCUCACCCUGACUCCGACGGCAACAGGGGCGGGCCCUGAGACCCUGUGCGGGGCGGAGCUGGUCGACACGCUGCAGUUUGUCUGUGGAGAGAGAGGCUUUUAUUUCAGUAAACCAGGUUAUGGCCCCAACGCACGGCGGUCACGCGGCAUCGUGGACGAGUGCUGCUUCCAAAGCUGUGAGCUGCGGCGCCUGGAGAUGUACUGUGCACCUGCCAAGACUAGCAAGGCAGCUCGCUCUGUGCGUGCACAGCGCCACACAGACAUGCCGAGAACACCCAAGGUUAGUACCGCAGGGCACAAAGUGGACAAGGGCACAGAGCGUAGGACAGCACAGCAGCCAGACAAGACAAAAAACAAGAAGAGACCUUUACCUGGACAUAGUCAUUCAUCCUUCAAGGAAGUACACCAGAAAAACUCAAGUCGAGGCAGCACGGGGGGCAAAAAUUACAGAAUGUAGGGACGGAGCGAAUGGACAAACGCCCAGCGACUUGGGAAGAGAGAGGGGAGUGGCCUUACCUGGUACCCCUGUGGAAUGGUUCACUGUAAAACAAAACAAAGAGGAUGCUAGCAAUGGCCCCAAAGGCUCUUCAAAAUGAUUGACACCCGAGAGCUAAGUGGUGUUUUAAGGGUUUGAUGAGGGAUCUUGUGAUUAUUUUAUACACUGCACCAUUCCAUAUCGGGAGGAAUUCUUUGUUAAUGCAAUGUAACAAGACUAGUUUAGCUGCUGAGACACGAACAAGAGCUUAUUAUACCUCCAUGUGUGAGCUGCAGCAUCCCCCUGGCUCCAGGAAAGGUGUAUCUGGGCUUCAGCCAAUCAGAGAUCUCAUUGAGAACGAGUGGUCCGUCCUGUCAAUUGAACUUUUGCGGAGGUAAAUCCUUUAACUCUGAGAGAGACAGGAUACUUUAACAGUUAGUACCCCGGUUCAAAGCUGAUAUUUUACCUUCAGAAUUUGUUUUUACGCACCAUGCAUUACUGUGGAUUUUUUUUAACAUGUUAAAAAAUAGAAGUCUGCUUUAAAGACAAAGACCAGGUGGUUCAUCAUCAGACUUAAAACAUUGUUGUAGUUAUUUUACCUUGAGCCUGAGUCAAAUCCCUACUAAGUGGAGUUGCUAGAAGGUUUGAGACCAAUCCAAAUCCCUCCUAAGCCCCAGGAAGUGUCGAGAACCCGACGACUGAGUCUACAAUCCAAACACUUCUCUUACAACAGAUCAAGCGCCAUUAGAGGGGAUUCUGAAGAAAGGUGGAAGCACAGUAGGUACUAGAAAAACAAGACAGUGGCUUUAAAAAACAGAAAAGCAAAUUAUCUGGGAGCUAAACUGAAUUAGAGAUUUUUAUUUUUUUGGGCCAGUCGGAGCUCGUUUGGUCGUCAGAAAUGGGUCAUCCAGCGGAUUCAAAGUGCGUUUGGCAUCCGCGAGUGGAAUAAGUCAAAUAGCGACAAUCAGGCGGAAUGUUUGUCGUCUGCAUCCUUUUCACAAUACGCGAGCCCGGCCAAAUCCGAUUUUUGUCAACGCUCCAGUUAUGCGGUGAACAUUUCAGCUCGAGCGGAGGCCCGUUGUCAAGGUUAAUCACAAGUCAUUAAAGUUUAGUUGCAGUGAGUCAGCAAAAAAUAAAAAAAUAAACUACCAGGAUUGAAAAUGAAAUCUUUAUCUUUCUCUCAUGAGGAGAGUAUUCCCAAAGCUAUCAAAGGCUGAAACAAUAGCCUCACAAAUGGAGAAGCUUAAUGAUUGAUCUUGGCCUGUGCUGUUUUGUUAGCUUAGCGAGGCCCAGAACUUUGCUACUUCAGUUGUCGCUUGGACUGCGUUAUCGGCCACUCCAUGGCAUCGGUUGCAAAGUCCACCGCAGAAACACGCAGGUUGAACAAUUUGGUAAAUAUUGCCGACCAAAAUGACAAGUCCUCUGGAGACGUGACACAUACCGACACACGAACACGCAUACGAACUCACCCACAGUGUAAAUGAGAGUUGUGCAACCGCGAGCGAAGGUCGAGCACACAAAUCACAAGCUUCAUGAAAAGCCAGUUCUGAGAAGUCCUUGCAUGAGGAUCGACUGUAACGGCUGUUUGUCCGAGCCUCCAUUAAAAACGCCCAAGACAACCCGUCUCUGGCUCUGUCUCCUCUGCCUGUGUAUAAUCAAACAGUACUCCCAUUAUGUUAACCUAUGCAUUACUAUCAUUCAUUGUACAUGAUGGUUUCAUAUAACAAAACUGUAUUAAGAAUCCUAUCCACUGUAUAAUGGUGCUAUUUUGUAGUUUGUUACUUGCGAGAGAUGGCUGAGACAGACUGAUGGCAGGGCUUACAUUGGAGGUCUUCCCUUUUGCACAGCCUUGUGGCCACCAUUUUAAUAGUGUUUUUAUUUGUAAGCUGUUUCAAUAAGGUAGUAGUGUAAGCGAGUAAAUGUAUCUGUGUGAAAUCUGUGAAUGCAUGGAGAAUAACAAAAAAAGAAAAAAGACAAAGAAUAUAACAUGUUGUGGUCCCAAGAAGGCAAAAUGCUAUUUUUUCUACUGUUUUUAAAUUAUUUUCUCAAUAUAGAUCCCUUAUGCCAAAUAACUUGACAAAAGUACUGUGAACUGUGAUUCCUCCAAUUGUAUUGAGAUUGUUAAAAGUCAUGGUGUGCUUUUGUCUAUCCAGAGGUGUGUGUGUCUGUGUGUGUUGUGCGUACGUACACCUCACUGGAAGCCAAGGUACUGACGAUUAAAACGGCUUAAAGCGAGACUACGCAACUUUUGCUAAACGCCAACCACUGUGGCUACAUGUGGUUAGCACAGGACAAUCCUUAUGUUCAUCUGUGACAUGCUACAGUUUAGCAUAAGCACAAAAUUUAGCUCAUUAGCAGCAGGUACACCUCUCCAAGCCAACCGCUCUUUAAUGGUGUUAGUGUAAUAACUCUCUUUGCCUAAAGGGGGCGACAAAUGUUCCACACUGCAGGUUUAAAAUGCUCUCUGCCAUUCUCAUAUCUGUCAGUUAGCCUCCACAGCUUAGCUUAGCAUAAAGCAGGGGUGUCAAACUCAUUUUAGUUCAAGGGCCACGUUCAGUCCAGUUUGAUCUCAAGAGGGCUGAAUCAGUUUUUACUAUAUGAUCAAAAACGACAAAAAAACAGCAACAAAAUCAAGACAAAAUAUUGCAAAAAUAAGACACAAAACUUUUUUAAAAAUGAGACCAAUGACACAAAAUAAAUCAAAAAAAGAGACAAAAAAUUAGAUAAACAAGUUACAAAGCAACAAAAAAUUGGAUAAACAGCAAAAACGAGUUUAAAAAAAGACAGAACAGCAUGCGAAAGAGUGAAUAAAGCAAAAUGACAAAAUAAGACAAAAAACACAAGUGAGACAAAAAGGAAACACAAAUCGACAAAAAGAUGAGAGGAACGACAAAAGUCAGACAAAAAAACAAGACAAAGUAUUACAAAAGGGAGACACAAAAUGACAAAAACACACAAAUAACAAUCUAGUUUUGUUAUUUGUUUUUUUCUAGAUGAACAAUCUGGUAUUUUACUUUCUGAUCAAAACAACUUGUCAUGGUCUAGAAAUUAUUUAAAAUUUAUAGUUUUGCUAAUUUCCAAUCUGCAGUUAAUGUCUUCUCUGUAAUUUUUACACAUUGAGGGCCGGAUUGGAGCCUCUGGAGGACCAGUUUUGGCCCACGGGCCUCAUGUUUGACACCCCUGCCCUGCUAGAGUAUGUAUAACCAGUAUAAAGGUGCACUUUUUGGUUUGGAAUUCAACUUUUGAUAUUCGACAGGAGAUCAUUUUUCGUUCUCUCAAAAGUUCCGUGGUCUCGCUUUAAGUCUACGCCAGGAGUUUAAUUUAUUUUGUCCAAAACAUUUGUUCGCAGCUCUCUCAAGAUUUAAUUUAAAUGUGUGCUUUUCUCAAUACCAAGGUGUUAAAAUGGAGAUUUGCUCUGUGCUUUAGUGUCUGUUCCUUCCAAAUCCUCUCGUCGGUCGGCCUGGCGACUGAAAUGAAAAGGAAGCUGGUUGGAGAGCGGCUCUGUCCUCCCACAUCUUCAGACGUACAGUACAAACCAAAGACUUUUUGAUGCGAACGAAGCCUCACUCUGCAUUGUUAUGUCAUAAACUGAACCUGUGACCAGUUCAUUAAAUAUCAAUUGAUGCUAUCCCUGUCUCAUCUGCACUGCAGCUACAAUACGCCCUUCACACACUGUUUCUGGUACCUGAAUGCAGCUUGUGUAUUAAAAAGUAAAGCGAACCAGACAGAAGUCCUUCGUUGUCUCUGGUGUACUCGAGGCGGUGAUGCAGAAAGCCACAACUUCAAACCGUCUGACUAUGAAUCAUUUAAAACUUUUCAGUUUGUCAGUUGUUUGAAACAAUCAAUAAAGCCUAGAAAGUGAGAGCGACUCUGUGAGGUGUUUAAUGAGAAAAUAGGAUUUCCUGAAAGCUCACUGUCCAAAAACUGUUUGAUUACAGCGCUGUUAUUUAUGGUGCUCGAUUGCCUUCUGUAGAGAAAAAAAAAGAAGAAAUACUGACAAACUGUUCA